CAACACGUGUGCGGGCUUGUAAGUAGCUCCUGUGCUGCUCAGCUCACAGUACGUGAAGUUCUGCAUGUUCCCGCAAAAGUACCAGCAAAGAGGAGGAUAAGGCGCAGAAGGAGGAGGAGGAGGUGGUGGAGUGUUUGUCUGUCUGUCGCCUCGUGCACGUUUGCUUUCUAUAUUUAUUUCUGUCGAGGCACGAGGACUCUUACGUGCAGCGGAGGAGGAGAAGGAGAAGAAUGAGGAGAGGAACGACGACGUGACCGUGUGAAAACUGUGCAGCAGAAGUUAGCAGAGCACACACGCACACAUACAUGCGACACGGAGUGGAUUUGUGACUGAAAGUGAGACAUGAUUUUCCGGAAAAUUCAAUCCGGAUCCUGCAGAGCAUGGCUGUCCUGGGUGUCAAUGAGGCAGGAGCUGUGUUUCUCCUCUGUGCCCCCUCAGCCGGUGCCCCCACUGACCCACACCUUACAGGGUUACCUGAAGGCCCUGGAGCCUCUGCUGCCUCCUGAGGAGCUCAGCCACACCCGCAGGAUGGUGCAUGAGUUUGGCCGGCCCGGAGGCCUGGGUUCACAUCUGCAGGCGGGGUUGGAGAAGAGAGCCAAAUUCACCAAAAACUGGAUGACGGACUGGUGGGUGCAGUGGGCGUACUUGGAGAGCAGGCAGCCUUUGCCUGUGCACUCGAACCCGGCCAUCUCUCUGCCAAGGAGAGACUAUAAUGACUGGAGGAGCCAGCUUGUGUUUGCAUCCAAACUGAUCACAGCAGUUCUGGACUUCAUCGCCAAGAUUAAAACUGGCCAACUACCAGUGGAGUACAUGCGAGGGAUGCCACUGUGCAUGGAGCUCUACCCGCUCCUCUUCUCCUCCUGCAGGAUCCCCGGUCCCAAACACGACUACAUCGCACACUAUGGCCGCAGCCGCUCGCCGACGCACAUCACAGUUGUCAGGAACUACCAGUUCUUCCAGCUGGAGGUUUACAACAGUGAUGGCUCUCGACUGACACAGAGUCAGAUUCACAGCCAGCUGCUGAGGAUCCGCUCUCAGUCGUGGAAGACUGACAAGGAGCCGAUGGGCAUCCUGACCAGCGAGCACCGCCACACCUGGGGAGAGGCCUACAACCGCCUGAGUAGAGAUAAACUAAACAAAGAAUCAGUGCGUCUCAUAGAGACGGGACUUUUCUCCGUAUGUCUGGAUUCUCCGGUGAUGAGGAUAUCAGAUGAGAAGUAUGCCAGCCGCAAAGCGGCACAGAUCCUGCACGGCGGUGGGACGUUCUCCAACAGUGGCAACCGCUGGUUUGACAAAACGCUGCAGUUUGUCGUGGGCGAGGACGGAUCGUGGGGUCUCCUGUAUGAACAGGCCACUGCUGAUGGUCCACCCAUAGCAACACUGCUGGAUCAUAUCCUGCAGUAUUGUGAGAAUCCUGACUCAUUUAGAGCUCCGCUGAUCCCUCUGCCGAUGCCCAAGAAGCUUUACUUUCACAUCGACCGAGAAAUCAAGAGGGACAUCGAGCUCGCCAAGCAGAACCUCGAUAUUUUGAUCAACGACCUCGACGUCAAUGUGUUCAACUUCAAGAAGUUCGGCAAAGACCUUCCCAAGAAGCACGGUCUGAGUCCGAACUCCUUCAUCCAGGUCGCCCUGCAGCUCGCCUACUACAGAGUCCACAAUGAGGUGUGCCCGAGUUGUGAUAUCGCGUCUCAGCGGAUGUUUCGCGGAGGGAGGACAGAAUAUAUUCGCUCACCAACAAAUCAGACGCUCAAGUUCAUACAAGCCUUUGAUAAAGAAAAUGUUUCGCAUGAAGCAAAGCUCCAGUUGUUCAGAGAAGCUGUCAAUGCCCACACAGCUCUGACUAAUCUGACAAUUAAAGGACUCGGAAUCGAGCGUCACCUGCUGGGACUGAAGCUGCAGGCCAUCGGGGAAGGACUGAGCAUCCCCAAGAUCUUCAUGGACACAGCGUACGGCCUCGCGACUCACUGGAAACUCCGGACAGGGCAGGUGCCUGCCAACACGGACAGUGUGAUGUGUUUCGGGCCUCUCGUUCCCGACGGUUACGCCAUUUGUUACAACCCCCAGGCGGACCACGUCCACUUUUCCAUCACUGCCUUCAACUGCUGUGAGGAGACUCACGCAGAGACUUUAGCCCUCACACUGAAGGACACCCUGUGUCAGCUCCAUGAGCUACUGCAGCCUACCGUGUAGCGCUGCUCCUACAAUACAUCCAACAGGAUCACCCCCCCCCCCCCCCAUCCGCACCAGCGAAAAAAACAAAAAAACUGGACAAAAAAAACAAUUUCUUUCCUUAUAGUCGACAUUUUUGACGAGGCUUGUUUUUUUUCAUGUAUGCCACUGAAUUGUGAGUCUGAAAACAGACUUGUCGAGGUGCUUUUGAUGCUUCUUUUUUUUUAAGCUUUUGAUAAAACAUUAAUCUAUUUCUAAAAAGAGCUGAGCAAGCAGGCUGCAUUAUAGUUGUCACACUUGUCUCGUGUUGAUAUAGAAGUGAAACCAAAACAACGUGAAAAGUCGACCUGACACUCCAGCAUUAACCAGAUCACGACAAAGCAUUGUGUGUUGAAACUGACCAAUCUCCUUUUACUGGUUGUGGGAUGACCUGUAAGUAGCCUGUGUAGUAACCUCAUGAUAAUUAAGAGGAGGUGUAGAAUGAGAAGAGGAGGCAAACGGAAAGAGAAGAAGCUUGUGAUGCACCAUUACGGAUGCAAACUGCCAUAAAACACCAGGAUCUACAGAGACUAUACACGGUGUCUUUCACCACCAUAACAAAUGUUAACAAAUCAAAAAAACAAACAAAAAAAAAGGACCGCGCAUCAGAAAGCUGGUCAUUAUUGGUGACGGUGCAAAGAGAUGAGCUUGAAUGAACUGAUCUGCUUGUGUUUUCUGUAUGUUGAACUGAAAGUGAAGAGGCUGUGGCCCCAUGUAGUCGGGCAUGUUCAGCUCCUAGCUCACAGGACUGAUUAAUAAAGUAUUUUAUCACAUUGUU